GUACAGGGAAUAAUAGUGACUCGGUGGAUAACCCGGGCAUUAUUCGGACCCACUCUACACUUUCUGAUCCUCAAGCUCCGGUUACCGUUUUGAUUUUCUUUCCCCAACUCCACCGGAAUUAUCCCGUUACCCGUCAUCUUCUCCUUUCUCACCUUUUUUUUUUAUUUGUCCACUUGUGGUACUGUUAUUGUUACCCACCAGAUCAAUUCAUCGAUCAAGAUUUGACCUAGAACGAUCAAACACGCCGGCACGGCUAUGGUUUUGUGAUUCGAGGAGCUGAAUUUCAACAACUUUGGGCUAAAUCGAAGUUGCAAAGAAACAAAUGUCACAGCAGCAGAUUAUAAGCGAGAGUACCAAUAUUAGUAGCAGCAGUAACAGUAAUACUAACAUUCCAGUGAGUGAAGUAUAUUGGUCUCUCGUCGAGAAAGCCGAUAAGAAGUUCUCUAAGAUCAGAGACUUGCCUUAUUAUGAACGGAACAGGUAUGAUACAUACUUUUACAAGGUAUUUAAAGUCUAUACGCAGUUGUGGAAGUUCCAACAAGAGAAUCGACAGAAGCUUGUAGAAGCUGGGCUCAAGAGAUGGGAGAUAGGGGAAAUUGCAUCUAGAAUUGCUCAGCUUUAUUAUGGGCAAUAUAUGCGGACAAGUGAUGCAAGUUACUUGUCAGAAUCAUAUAUAUUCUAUGAAGCGAUACUGAGUCGAGAGUAUUUCAAGGAGGGUUUGUUUCAAGAUCUCAAUCUUGCAAACAAACAGCUGAGAUUUUUUGCUAGGUUUUUAAUGGUGUGCCUGGUCUUGAACCGACGAGAAAUGGUGCAUCAGUUGGUUAAUAAACUCAAAAUGUUAGUUGAUGAAUGCAGGAGGACAUUCCAGGAAACUGACUUUAAAGAAUGGAAGCUGGUGGUUCAGGAAAUAAUUAGAUUUUUGAAAGCUGACACAGCUUUUAUGAAUAUCAGGCCUUUAAGAUAUAGCCUUGUGCUGGACCCUCAUCCAGAUUCGCUACCGCGUUUUGCAACAAGAAGAAGCUUAAGAUUACGAGAUGCAAUACUGAGUAGCUACCAUCAUAAUGAGGUUAAGUUUUCAGAGCUUACUCUAGACACCUUCAGGAUGCUUCAAUGUCUCGAGUGGGAACCAAGUGGUUCCUUUUACCAGUCAAAUAGUAAUAAAAUUGGUCAAAAUGGGGGUCCAGGGCCUAGUCGUGUUAACUACACGCAGGACAUAACUGAUCCUACUUUGCCUCAAAACUCACGGAAAGCCGUCUUGUAUCGUCCAUCCGUGACACAUCUUUUAGCAGUUCUGGGUAUGAUUUGUGAGGAGCUACCUGCUGAUGGAGUUCUCCUGAUAUAUUUGUCAGCUUCAGGAAGAGUUGGACAAACUAUUUCGUCUCCCUCAAGUGCUGGAACUUCUAUUAACACUGCAGAGAAUGUUGUGAGAAAUUUCCAAUCUCAUGCUAUGUACUUGGACACAAUGGCCACUUCUCCAUUUUGUUCACCUAGUAAUUGUCCAAAUCCUUCUUCCAGGCGAUGUAAAGGAGACUGCUUAUAUUUUGGCGCUCGAGGAAAUGGAGGAUUAAACAGCAUUUACCCUACCGAUUUAGUUCCGUUCACAAGAAGGCCACUUUUUAUAGUUAUUGACAGUGAUAUCAGUGAAGCAUUCAAGGCUAUAAGUGGAGCUGAGAAAGGAGAGCCAGCUGCAAUCCUCUUAUCUCCAAGCUGUUCAAUUCCCCUCACUGCUGCCGAAUCCUCUCGUCACCAGAGUGGUAGUGUAUUCACUCUUUUUCUGACAACUCCAUUGCAGGCUUUUUGUCUGUUAAUUGGUUUGUCUGGUUCUGAUAUUGAAAUGGAAACAUACAACAAGGCUGAGAAGUUGCUUUCUUCAUCCUUGAAGCAAUGGGGAUCUGCUUUGGAAACUUUGGACACUCUGGAUCCUGUUUGGACGCAGAUUUUAGGUGAUCCAUUCCUUAGGCGACUUUUAUUGAGAUUCUUAUUUUGUCGGGCGGUGUUGACAUUGUAUGGACCAUCCUUCGGCAAAAAGGAAUAUCAUCCCGAGUGCAUCCCAUCCCUCCCAGCUUCUCUCUUCCCUACUGCUACAGCAUCACAAACUGUGAUUCUGCAAAUGGCCAAUAUUUUUGGCGCAACAAAGAAAUUUAUUUUCUCUGAAGGUGUUAUGCUUUCGGAAUAUAAAAACAGAGACGUGGAUAUGAUCUCAGCCUCAUAGAGCAUAUAUAUUAUGGAGAGUUAAGAGUUUGAAAAAAAAAAAAAUGUAAAGUUUGUGAAUUACUUUCUUGGUUUGAUUGAAUUGUGAUGAUUUGCAGCACUUUAAAUUAAUGAAUCCUGUAAAAAUUCUAUAACGGCAUCACAAGAUUUACUUCUUCCUUUUUUUAAUUUUUCUUUUUCUUUUUGCUUCA